GCAAGUAAACAUGGAAAAUUUCUCUAUGCUCAUAAAAUUCUGCCAGAAAAAUAUUUGCAAUGUUUCUAAACUCAAAGAAACACGUAAAGAAGUCCGUGGCCAAAAAUCUAUUUUUGGAAAUAACAAUGAUAAAAAGAAGAUAUUUGAUAUGUGUGAUAAGAUACUCAAGGACCCUAAGUAUGAUAAAGAUAUAACUUCCGAACCAUUAACAGUAAAUCAAAAACAAUUUAUAGAACAAUUUGAAUCUCAAUUAUCCACACACAUUGAACAAGUCGGAGCAUACGCGAUUAGUUUCGAAUCUUCUAAGAAACCCUUCUUGAAUAUGAAAAUUGAAGAAGUGGAAGAAUUUGAAUAUCCGGUUGCUCGUAUCAUUGCAGCACAAGAGUAUCCAAAUAUCGAAAUGACUACCAGUGAUAUAUUUAAUCGUACUUAUUUUAAAGAUUUUAUUAGGACAUAUUAUGAUAUAGAUUUUGAUAAUACAGAAG